CUUCACUUGGAGGAAGAAAAAAAGUUUGACAUAAAUUUCUGAAAUUACCAAGCAAGUCAUCCAAUUUCUCCCCCCCUACCAACAAUCGUCUAAAGAGAAAGUACUGCAUACUGUCCGAGAAAAUUGACUUGCGACAAUGGACGGGAUAUCCCAGAACAUUCAGACUUCAGGAUUUACUCUGGACUUGGGUCCCUUGAAAGAGCCCUUGGCAUUUAUUAGAGUGCUCGAAUGGAUCUUCUCCAUAUUUGCCUUCGCUACGGCGUCGGGUUAUGCCGGCGCUACGAGCAUCAAUGUGCAGUGCCAGGGUAGCAGCACCAGCCAAGAAAUCACUGCUGUCUUUAACUACCCGUUCAGGCUGAUGGCCCAUCCAUACAUCGUCCCCUCCUGUAACAACGACUCUAGUACUAUCCAGCUCUAUCUGACCGGCGACCACUCCUCCUCAGCUGAGUUCUACGUCUGUAUCGGGGUGUUUGCCUUCCUCUACAGCACCGCCAGCCUGGUGAUCUACCUGGGCUACCAGCACGUCUACAGGCAGACCAGCCGUGGCCCCAUUGUGGACCUGCUGUUGACAGCAGCCUUCACCUUCCUGUGGCUGGUGUCCUCCUCUGCCUGGGGUAAAGGCUUGACUGACGUGAAGUGGGCUACCAGCCCCUCUAACCUGGUAGGCUUAAUCUCCACCUGCAAGGACGUCGGUAACAAGUGCACACCAGGAGCAGUGCCUCACAUGGGGCGACUCAACUCCUCUGUGGUCUUUGGAUUCCUCAACCUGAUAUUGUGGGGUGGUAACUGCUGGUUCAUCUUUAAGGAGACGCCCUUCCACAAGUCAGCCAACCCCCUUGGUGACGCCGAGGAGGGUUUAGGUGUCAGGCCCAUGACUUCCUAACUGAGCAGCAGUUCCCUGCUGUCAACGGCUACGUUCCAGACUGCAUGCAAAGCAGUUGCACUGCACCAAUUAACCAAUCUUGGGGGCGAAUCUUAACUUUGACACAUAUUUGUAGUCAUCGAUGCCAAUGGUAGACUAUGUGCCUUUGUGGAAGUGAAGAUUUGCCCCUACUGUGAUUUCUGAUUUGUUAAACACUUGUGUGUUUUGAGGUGUGUUUUGAGAUUUCGUGUGUGUGCUUUUUGCAGCCGAUCUGUACCCGGGCCUGAAAUUCCCUCCAAGUAGUUCCUACAUUAUACCGUUUUCAAAUGCCUUGUAAAGUCGCAUGUCUCAUUCGGUGCAAAACGCUGCUUAGAAAUGUCUUCUAGUAGGUUAUUAAGUUGGAAACAGUUUCUUUUCAUGCAUUGACAACGCCACGUUUAUUAUUUCAAAGUGUUCAAAGUGGUCCAUUUUUAAUCUAAAUAGGUACAAAUACGGAAUGGGGGAACGCCAUACAUUUAGGUCAGAACUAGUUUUGUUUCAUGCAGGUAAUUGUUUAGUUUAACAGUAUAUCCAACGAUCAAAUGCAUCCCUCCGUUUAUUCAGAGUCAAGACGUGUGAAUUUCUUUUGUUGAUCAAACUUUUAUUUUUUUUUUUCGUUUUAUGCUGUUACUUUGAGGAUGGUUUAGUGUUUUUGUUGUGUAUAUAUAUAAAAAAAAAAGUGCUUAUAUCAAUGUUACAACAAGAAUAACAAGCUGUUAUUCUCUCACUGCUUGUUAUUUGGCAAAUUAAAAUAAUUAUUCACUCUGUUU